AUGGCUCACAUCAACAUUGAUGCCCCGCCCUCGUCCCAGAACGGCGACGGCGACCCCUCACCUUCACCCCGUUCCACCUCUACCUCAUUACAGGCUGCUGCAACCCUCAAUGCUGGCCUGCAACGCGGUGAGCCUGUGAGGAGAUCCUCCAGCAGCUCUCUAUCCAGAAGCCGGCAGUCUCCGAGUGCCGACCGCCGCCGAUCUCAAAUCCUCACGACCCUCCAGAUUGCGGAUCCCGGCGUUCCGGCCCCCGGAGAGAUGGUGGCAUCCGAUGCGCACCUUACCCCGACCGGGUCAAGGACAUCAAGCCCCCGGCCUCUUGCCAGCUCUCCGCGCUUGAGCUUGACUGGCCCCCCACACCGCGACAGGGCACCGAGCCUCGGAGAGCUACACCAGGAACUGGAAAAUGAGCAGGAAUUCCAGGUGAACCGCCUGCUGCAGGAAAUCCGGCGACUACAAGUUCAGGUCCAACGGCAGCAACAACAGCAGCAGCAGCAGCAGCAGCAGGGCCAGUCGGCUGUUGGCGACGAACCAACGGACGGGUUCGGGUCACUACAGACCGCGUCUGCUCCGCAGUCGGCCCACCCCGGCCUGACGUCGGCCUCUGGCUCGCUACCUCGGUCCCCCGGCUUCCCGCAUCCUCGAAGCUCGUUCGACAUGGCGCGAGCCGAUAUCCAGCGCCGCUCAAGGACCCCGAGCCGGGGUGCAUCCCCCAUGCUGCGAUCUACCUCAAUAGGUGGCGAGAGUGGGGACCAAUGGCUUCUUGGUGGUCGGGAUGAGAAUGCCUUCUACCAAGCCGAGACACAAAUGUUGAUCCGGGAGAACCAGAUGCUCCGUCACAGAAUUCGUGACCUGGAGAGACAAUUAUCGGAGUUGACUGGGAAUGGAGGAGGCUCCUCGAUCACCCACGAACCCCCUCAUUCAUCCAACUUGAAUCGGUCCACCUCUGUGUCUGAAGACGACUCGACCAGGCUGACUCCAGCGACAUCGACAUCGACCCCUCUGCCAACUGUUGCCGAUGCCCCGAAGGAGGAGUAG